UAAGUUAAAAUUGGCAACAUUGCCAAUUACUUAAGUUUCCUAUUGAAGACAGAUUACACAUCUUCAAAGUUCAGACUCCUAUGUUUUCUCUUGUCCUUCCACUCCUUAACUUUCUUACAUCUAAACCCCUGCCCACAUACUUCUUCUUCCCCUUCAUUGUCUUUACAUUGUUCUACAUCUUCUUACUAACUUUUUCUACAAGAACAAUUUGAUUUUUUCCCUUUUUAAUUCUUCUUUUUGGUGAUUUAUCUAUGUUAAUCUUCUUUUCCACCACCCAAUAAAGAAAAUUUGUUUUUAAGUUUUUCGACAGGUUUCUUAAUUGCAGAUUAUGGAUUGUCAAAGAACAUUUUAAUGAACUAGAGUAAGUUUUUGAUGCUCGGGCUUUUCUUUUCAUUUAUGUGAGUCGAGUUUUAAACUGGUUUCCGAACUCAUAAGGUGGAGACAAUUCCAAUGCCAUUGAGCUAAGCUGAUUUGUACUUUUGAUGGUUAUGUUAUUCACACAUGUUCUCUUUUUCUCUUUUUUCUUUUUUUCAUGUAUUUUUGUUUUGGAAUUUGAUUUUUUUUCUUUACAUAUGUAGAACUUGGUUAAUUGUGCAUGCUCAAGCUAGAAUUUGAUAUUUGACAGGAUUUUCCCCCUUAUUUUAUAUUCCAAAGGUUACAUUCUGUAGAUUGAUUAUAUAAGUUCAUAAGGAAUGAUUGAAAUAUCACUUGUAUGCAUAUUCGUUCUGAUUCUAUUUUUGUUUCGUUUAAGUAUCAGGGUGCAUAAUUCAGAAGUUUUUAUUUUCUUAUGAUUGUUCAUAGAAGCAUAUAUAUAUUAAUAAUCUUUUCUCUUUUUGUAGUCUGCAUUUCAGAGCGAAUUGCUGAAACAAGUUAAAAUAUAGUGUCUUCAAGGAAUUGCAGUGAUUACAGAUCAGAUAACUGGCAUUAUGGAUAAUGAUCAUGGAAUUAUGACUCAGCAUCUAAUAAAUUUAAAGGGAACCAAUGAUGAGGCUGAUAGUAAUGUUGCUCAACACAAAAUCCUGAGGUCUCCUUCCACAUCUUCAGAAUCAUCCUUAGAUUCUAGGGAUAUUGGAAAGGAUGACAUCUCUGAUCCCCUUCUGGUGUCAAAAGGAGUUGCAUUCGCACCAGAUGUUUCUGAUUUUAAUCCUAGACUGAAUACAUAUGAACCUUCUGCAUUAUGCCCUCCAAAUCCAAUGAUGGUGCAAGCUGGUGGCUAUGAUCCAAAUCGGAUUCCUGCAUCCGUUUUCACUAGCAAGGCUGCCACGCCUAUGGAAUGGAGUGUUGCUUCAAAUGAAUCAUUGUUUAGUAUUCACAUGGGAAAUAACAGCUUCUCAAGAGAUCAUGUUUUCCUGAUAUACAAAUCUGGUGAACUUCCUGAUACCAAUAAUUACCCAGGUGGCCUGUUUCCUGUCAAUGAAGCAGGUAAUAAUGUUGAAAAAAUAAGCGAAGAUGUAAGCAAGAAAUCAAAAGGAACGGAAGAAGAAUUAAAGAAACCUGCAAAAGGAGAUCCUGAAUUGCUACUAAACACAAAGAAAGAAUACGGAACUGUGAAAAAUGUCGGUCAGGAAAAGAAACCUCCUGCAGAGGAAGUCCGAAACUCAGCUAGCAGCAGUCAGUCUUUUCAAUUCCCUGUAUUCGAAGCAAAUGUAGAAGCAACUGGUUCUGUGAAAGUGGUGCUGGAAAACAUGCCCUCGAAGAAGCAGCCGCAACAACAAAUGCAAGCCUCAGGAACACCAAAAAAGGCGACUGGCAGCAGUUGGUUUUCUUGCUUCUCUUGUUGCUCACUUGGUCGCUGAGAAAGGAUACAUAAUCCUGGAUGGUUUUUUAGACGUCAAUCUAUAUAAUCACUGCAAAUGUCAUAUGUUCAGCGCAGUUACUUUAUUUAUUUAUUAUUAUUAAAUUCUUCUUUUUAUCAAUCUUUUUUCUGUAUUUGCAGCUUAUAGAGAUCUGAAAGCUGUCUAUUUAUAUAUAUAUAUAUACACCUAGUUCAUAGAUUAUAUUUAUAUAUUUCUUUACAAUAAGGAAGCAAACAACUCAUACAAUUUUUAAAUUUUUAAAUUCGAACCUUAUAUAUUAUUUAUUAA